CUGCCACGUGGCAACCUCUGUGCAUAACAGCUGUUUAAUUCUUUGAUAAUUUAAUUCUCCUGUAUUUCUACUGGAACACAAUAACUUGUGAUAAAGAAAGUAACGAUGGCUGCGGCAACAAAAUUGUAUAAAAAAUACUGCAUCGUCCUAAGGCAAAUGCAGCAACACCGCGCCAUUGCAAGCAGUAGCGCCAGUGCUUCGUUGAAAUCACGAAACGAACUAUUUAAUCAGGAGCAAAGACGCCAGCGGGAUGCCAUCGGCCGCGUUGAGAAGAUCGAAGUGCGUUAUCUGGGAUUGCCCGAGGAUGUGACGUUGGUGAUGAACAACCAGAUAUCAACGCCAUACAAUUGCGCACAACAUUUGAGCGAGGGACAUUGCAAAAGGUCCGCACUGGCGCUGAUUGACGGCAGUGUACCCUGGGAUAUGCACAGACCACUGCAGGAGUCCUGCACGUUGCAGCUCCUAAAUUUUAAUGUGACGGAGCCACACGUUGUCAACAAAGCCUUUUGGCGCACCUGCAGUUUUAUGCUGGGCGCUGCUUUACAACGAUCCUUCAAGGACGAAGCGAAUCUACAGCUGCACAGUUUUCCUGGCCCAAAUAUCAAAUCCGGUAGUUUUGUACACGACAUUGUUCUUGGCGCUCAAAACUGGGUACCAACUAAAGCAGAAAUGCGGGCGAUUUCGGCUGAAAUGGUCAAACUGGCAGCACAAGACCUGAAAAUUGAGCGCUUGGAAGUGGACCAAGAGCUGGCUAAAGAAAUGUUCAAGGACUCACAUUAUAAAAGCGAGCAAUUGCCCAGUAUUGCACAACAAAACCAGAGCCGUGUGACUCUUUACCGCUUGGGCGAGCACAUUGAUAUUUCACGUGGUCCUAUGGUGGCAUCUACCCGGUUCCUGGGCAAAUGCACCAUUUCUGCGGCACAUAAGAUUGCGAACGAAGGAUCGUCAGACGCAUACUAUCGAUUGCAAGGCGUAGCUUUGCCAACCGGGUUUUCAUUGAACCACUUUGCUUAUGGCCUAUUAGAACAGCGUUCGCAGAAAUUGAAUUCUGCCCGUUUGCCCAAUGAACCAUUUGAGGAACAACAACAAAUGCAGUUAUCUUAAAUCUAAAAAAAAA